AUGGCCGACAAACUCCGCACUCAGCAAGAACUCGAGCGCCUCCAAGCGAAAUACGUCGGCACUGGUCACCCAGACACGACAAGCUGGGAAUGGCGCACCAACAUUCAGCGCGACACAUACUCUUCCAUCGCCGGUCAUAGGCCUCUCCUCUCUUAUAUCGCGCUUGCUGAGAACGAACCCAUUAUCAAGAUUCGCGCCCAGAUGAUCAGGCCUUGUGGUCCUCCUCCGCCACGCGAGGAUUAG